GGAAGGUGGAAGCUCGUCAACAUCCUGUCCCCGAAACCUGCACUCUCAGCUCGGCCGCUGACCCAGCUCGAACCCGCCGGGUCUCCUUUGGCCAUCUGCGGCCUCUCCACCAGGGGAACAAAUUAAAUUCUCUAUACAUAAAGCUCUGCACCGGGUGACACUCAUGUGAUUUAUUUGGAAAAAAACAUUAGAGAUAUUGAUAAUCCGGUUGCGUUUCUGAGAGGACCGCCGUAGUGAUGUCGGCGCCGGUGAACGGCUACUUCGGCCCGGGUCAAGCACCAACGCCGAACGGUGGAGCUGCUCCCCCCCGUUUUAAAGGUCCAGUUCAGACAUAUACCUCCGGAUAUCCUGCAAUAGGUUAUUAUGAAACCCAACCUCGGCUACAAAACUACUCCACCACCCCAUCACACAAAGCCCCUGUCAUGAACAGUGCCCACCAUGUGAAUAACUACUAUCAGAAUCACUGUCAAGUAGCACCCUUAGGCUCAGCACCACCUCCCCAGCAACGCACUCCUGCCGCACCUUCCACAGCACCACUUCCAAGCACCCCUUAUGCCCAAUUUCAGCAACAGCAACAUCCGCCCACUGCCACUGCGGGAGCGUUUUAUGGACAGACUUUAUACCAUCCUCCCGCUGCUCAAUGCCAGCAGCAGCAGCCCACUUUGCUGCCUGCACCACCUAGCGGUCCGGAGACCCCUCUGUAUCCUAUCGUUUCCUACCCGUCUGCGGCAGGUACGAGCCAGUACGGCACGCUCGUGUCCAGCCAGACUGCUGCCGCGCUUAGAGCGACACAGUACAGCAAUCAGCCAAGCGCUAUGACACCAACAGCAGUAGCAGCCGUGCAUCCCGGGUACAGCAUGGCCGAGCCCAGUCCGAUGGCGCCAGCUGUUAAUGGCCAAGAAAGCUCAGUGGAAAACCAAACCCACAAUCACUACAACCAUCCAGCCUGUCCUCCAUAUAACUCCUAUGGCAGCGGCGGUGUGAACGGAGAGCGAGUGCACUCAGGAACUCCCGCGACCUCCGUGCAUUCCUCACCGGGCCAUCAUCAAGGCAAACAGUACGGCUACAUUACCAAUAGCUCUGCUUCCGGUCCAAACGCAGAACCCUCGUCGUCAAGCUCGGAGGAGGAGGACGAUGACGACGAUGAGGAUGAAGAAGCAGGCGGUGACACAUCAUCUUCCACUACUGGCAGUGCGUCACCAUUGCCCAACAGUUAUGAUUCCCUUGAAGGAGGUCAUUUUCCAGAAACAAUGCCACCUCCUGCCAAUCUGACUAGUCCAGCGCCACCCUACGGUUACCCCGUCACGCCACGCCAAACCUUACUCACAGACCCGCUGGUUUCUCAGGACGCGCUUGGACCGACGAGCUACCAGCAGUACUCCCAACCAUUCCCUAGCCUUUCCCAGCUCUCGGCCGCGCUGGGAGGGUUGAGCGGUGUCCCGGAGCUGGAGGUGGAAGCUCUCAGGCCUCUCAACCUGCUGCAGGAGAGGAACCUGCUCCCCCCGAGACCCCUGGAAGCCCCUGAACCCAACCUUAGUCAGGAACUGAGGAAGGUUAACUGCAGCCCACAGACAUUCCGGUGUACCCUGACCAGCAUCCCUCAAACGCAGGUGCUACUUAACAGGGCCAGACUGCCUCUUGGCCUUCUUCUUCACCCUUUCAGAGAUCUACAGCAAUUGCCAGUCAUCACGUCCAACACUAUUGUCCGCUGUCGCCACUGCCGCACCUACAUUAACCCAUUUGUUACCUUCCUGGACCAACGGCGCUGGAAAUGUAACCUCUGCUAUCGGGUCAACGAUGUACCAGAUGAGUUCAUGUACAACCCAGUAACGAGGUCGUACGGCGAACCCCACAAGAGGCCAGAGGUCCAAAAUGCCACUGUAGAAUUUAUCGCGUCCUCCGAUUACAUGUUGCGGCCCCCUCAGCCUGCCGUCUACCUAUUCGUAUUGGACGUUUCCCACAAUGCCGUGGAAAGCGGGUACCUGAAAUAUUUCUGCCAGUUGCUCUUGGAGAACUUGGAUAAGUUGCCUGGAGACUCUCGCACCAAGGUGGGAUUUCUCACUUUCGACAGCAACGUGCACUUUUACAAUCUCCAGGAGGGACUUUCGCGCCCACAAAUGCUGGUGGUGACGGAUAUUGACGAUGUCUUCAUACCAUCUCACGAUAGUCUAAUGGUGAACUGGAAGGAGAGUAAAGAGCUGAUCAAGGACCUACUGACUUCGCUCCCUGCCACGUUCAACCAGAGCAGGGAGACGCACAGCGCUUUGGGGCCCGCCCUGCAGGCUGCCUUUAAGCUCAUGUCGCCCACUGGAGGGCGCGUCAGCGUGUUUCAGAGUCAGCGGCCCACGCUGGGUGCCGGUUUGCUGCACUCCAGGGAGGAUCCCAGUCAGCGCUCCAGUGCCAAGGGAGUGCAGCAUCUAGGACCUGCAACAGACUUCUACAAAAAAUUUGCACUGGAUUGCUCAGGACAACAGAUUGGUGUGGAUCUUUUUCUUCUCAGCUCUCAGUAUGCUGACCUCGCAUCACUAGCGUGUAUCUCCAAGUACUCCGCUGGCAGCAUCUUCUACUACCCCUCCUUUCAUCACAUCCACAACCCGACCCAGCUGGAAAAAUUCCAGAAGGAUCUUGAACGCUACCUCAGCAGGAAGCUGGGCUUCGAGGCGGUCAUGAGAAUACGAUGCACUAAAGGUUUAUCCAUUCACACUUUCCACGGUAACUUCUUUGUGCGCUCCACUGACCUGCUGUCCCUCGCUAACGUCAACCCGGACUCUGCAUUCGCCGUACAGAUGUCCAUCGACGACUCGCUAGUCGACUCUUCUCUGGCAUGCUUUCAGGCAGCUCUGCUCUACACGUCCAGUAAAGGGAAGAGGCGUAUCCGUGUCCACACUCUUUGUCUGCCUGUGGUCAACCAGCUGAGCGACGUGUACGCCGGUGCUGACGUUCAGGCUAUUACUUGCUUGCUGGCCAACAUGGCCAUCGACCGCUCCAUUUCAUCCAGCCUAUCUGAUGCGAGGGACGCCUUGAUAAAUGCGGCUGUGGACUUUGUGAGCGCUUACAAGAGAAGCGUGUCCAACCUGCAGCAGUCUGGUCUCGUGGUUCCUGCUUCCAUGCGCCUUUUUCUCCUUUACAUCCUCGCUCUACUCAAACAGAAAGCAUUUUGCACAGGAACGGAUAUCCGACUGGACGAGCGUGUUUUCGCCAUGUGUGAGUUCAAAACGCAGCCGCUGCAGCAGCUAAUGCGUAUGGCUCACCCUGAUCUCUACCGCCUGGAUAACAUGUCGGACCAAGGGGCGCUCCACCUCAACGACACACUGGUACCGCAGCCUCCGCUCCUCCACCUGUCUGCAGAGAGGUUGAGUCUAAACGGCGCGUUCCUUAUGGAUUGCGGCAAUGUGUUUUAUCUUUGGAUUGGCAAACGCUGCGAUGAGAUGUUCAUCAGAGAUGUUCUGGACUACCCCAACUUUGCUUCUAUCCCCCCUAACAUGAGUUGCAUUCCUGAGCUGCAGACGCUGCUGUCGGAGAGGGUGCGAGCGUUCCUCGACUGGCUGCAGGACAACAGAGCUUUCCGCUCCAUCAUGCACGUCAUCAAGGACGACGCCUCGAGUAACGUGGCUUUCUUCCAGCACUUGGUGGAAGAUCAUUCAGAGUCGGGGUCCUCCUACAAUGAGUUUUUGCGGCACAUCCAGCAGCAGGUAUCCUAGUAGCAGGCAUAUACAGAAGGGGGACAGAAUGAAAUAUCAUGAAGGAAGCCCUCCCGCCGCCCUGGUAGCUUCUCCUUGAAAUGGGACUAGAAGGGAAACUUGAGCCACUAUGAUGCCACUUUGGUCGUAGCGCUGUCCUAUUUUUUUUUUUCUUAAAAGAUUUUACUCCUUGAAAACACUGAAUAUGGGGAAGCAUUUCACUGGCGUACAUUUUGAGGAAUUAUGUUGCUUUCAAGAUGAACUGAUGGGACGUUGAAGAUUCCUCAUUGACCAAUUUUUUUUUUUUUUUUUUUUGCUUCCGCGGCACUAAAUGUACCAUCCUCUUUGUAACUACUGAAAAGAAUCUUUUAUGAGCGAUAAUUUAUGAAACAUCUUAUUAAAUAAAAAGAACAAACCCAACACUGACAGACUCUUAAUUACGGUCAUUUUCGACUACGGAGAGCUGGCAUUACAUUACGAAUGGUCGCCAUUACCUCAUUUUUCCUGAGUCAAUUUAAUGGAAUGUUCCACUUGAUGGAAAACACCUCUGUUUGCAGUGAAGAGAGAUCUGCCAAACUUAAAUAUCUAUACUAGUAUAUGUAUAUUCUAGCAUUUCUAUUUUGAAAUCUACUGAAAUCAGGCCUUAGCAAAAGCAACAUAUAAUAUGAUUUGAAUCAGGGGUGACAAACUGGUGGCCUGGGGGCCAGAUCCGGCCCAUCGCAUCAGUUGUGUGUGGCCCGCGGAAGUCAAUAACAUACUGUUUGUUUUUCGCUAAAAUAAAAUUUAUGUUAAAUUUUUGUGGUCAAAAAAUCGGUGACUAUUUACUGUUUUUCACCAUUCAUUCAAAUAUGAACUUUGUUAAUUCGCUACCAACCAUCACACUUUAAAUAGAUCGGAUGUCUGUCGACGUCAAUUGCAGCCAAAGAGUUCAUAAAUAUACAUAAAACAUUGGAGGGAUUCAAAAGAAGUAGUAUUGAGUUAAAAUAUAUACGUAUAGAAAAUUACAUUUAAAAAAUGCAUCUAAAAUGUGAAAAUCCUCAAAAAAUAAUGUUUUUUUCUUCAUAUACAUUGGUAUUACCCCAAUGCUUUUUGAUGUAUACAUGUUAAAUGUAAAUGCAAGCAUCACGGGGACAUAAAUUAUUACAACAAUUGCUCAUUUAUGUAAAAAAAAAAAAAAAAAAAAAAAAAAAAAGAACGUUAUAAUCCACGAUAUCAACAAAUCUUAUUAGAAUUCAGUGACCAGUUAAGCAAAUUGAAGUCAUUGGCUGCCAUUGACGGCAAUAAUAGUCCAACCAAUUUUGACAAAACUGAACAAAAAGUCUUCACUUCGGUUUUCUAUGUUGCUAUGUUGUAUCAUGUUCUAUUUGCUAACAAGCGUGACUCGUCCACGGCCUGGAGAAAAUAUGUAGUUUUGUACUAUGAACUCAUGGUUUUAAGAGCUGCCAACCAUUUUAAAAUAAUACAAAAUGACAGAAAAAAGGGUGUGCAACUCCAUCUGGAAAUGCGUCGGAAAAUUGGUGUAAAUCUCCAACCUGGCCUCUACUUUGCGUGCUUCUCACCUCCAAAUCUGAUUUGUUCUGGUUUUCGCCGGCAGUAUUAUUGUUUGCAGCCCACGGAGCUGUCAACCAUAUUUAACGUCCUGUCCUACACAUGCCAGGAAAUGAUGUUUGAAGUAUGUGUAUGUAUCUUUUACAGUUAAACAUCCAUAACGUAGGUGUGGAUGAUUUUAUGACGGAGAUCGUAGGUGACAUAUUUAAUCGAUCAAGCAUGGUGGAAAUUCAUCCUGUCUAGUUUGGUGGAUAGUAAAAAGACUCAAAAAUAGUCCAACAAUAAUGUUUUUCUUGCUGUUUAUGACACUCCAAGUUAAGAUGAUGUCUAAACCCAAGCCUGCAUAACAAAGAAAAUGACACACUGGCCUACUGUUUCGUAAAAUACAAAUCAUACUUCCCAUUCCUUUGUUGCUGAAAACCCGGUAACAGAAUACGAGUAUACAUUGCAGGAGUGCUUUCUGAGCCGUAAGGAUGGAUUUACAGCAGCCGAAAAGCACGAUUGUACUGAAAGCACACAACUACUGGAUCGGAUCGGAUCUUGUGACCAAAACCGAUACUGUCCAAUUCUCCAAAAACAGCCAUAACGGGUAGCGAUAUUGAUACUGAGUACAGUGUUACCUCGACAUACGAUCACUUCGACAUCCGACGUAAAAUUCGACCCGCCAUUUGUUUCUACAUCCGGCGACAUGCUUGAAAUGCGAUGAUUUGUGACAGCACCGCAGACGGACACGCGGUGGAUUUUCUUGUGUGAGAAAACAACACGGGUUCCAAGAAGGUUAGUGCAGGUGGUGAAAAAAAGGUGACGCUUACCAUUGAAAUGAAGAUGGAAAUGAUUGAAAAAUAUGAGCGUGGUGUGCGCAUUCGUGAACUGGCUCGACAAUACGGCUGUAGAACGUCUACGAGCUCGACGGUCCUCAUCAGACUUCCGUUCGCCAGUCUUUAUAAGUUCAGGUGACAAUUAUUAUUGUGGUAACAUCGCGAAAGAAAUCACCAUCUUUCAGAACUUGUGCAACACAACACACCUACUGUCCGCCGCAGUUGACGCAAACAACAAAACAUUAAAAGAGAAAGUAAAAUCUCUACCGCACCUUUCUCUCUCUGUUUUAUUAUUCCGAUUUGUAUUUAUAUUUUAUUUGUUUUGCCUUUUGUAAUUACCAUGUAUAAAAGUACCAGCAGUAUUUAUUAAGGAUUUAGUGAAGGUUUUCAGGCUGUGGAACAAAUUAAUGGAAUUAUGAUGUAUUCUCAUGGGAAAAUCCUGCUCAACGUACGACCAUUUCGACUAACAAACAAGGUCCUGGAACGAAUUAACUUUGUAUGAAAACUUACCACUGUAUUUUUGUUUGUUAAAACUGUUUUUCAAGACAGUGGCAUUUGUAAGACUAAUUAUUGUCAUACAGUAUUUUAAAAAUUAUAAUAAUAACACAUAGGAUUUAUAACAUGAGUCCUGUCAACUUAACUCAUUGGCUGCUGAUGACGGCGAUAGACGCCCUAUCAAUUUGAAGUGGGAGACCUGUAAGCGAGAUGUUUAUUUGUUGCUACCCUCCCAUAAUCAAAUGGAUUGGAACAUCAAUUAGUGACAAACUAAUUUUAAAUUCCCAGCAAAAGGAUUGAAAACUGGAUUUUUAAAAUUUAUUUUUCCAAAAACAU